UAUGUCCUCCAGGAGCCGUGGCCGUAGUCUCCUGAAGCACUUCUCUCGCCAGAGGUCUCCGCCCGGCGACGAGGAUGGCACCACCGGUGGUGGGGGCGGCGGCUCCGGAGGCUCCAGGAUCUCCAGCCUCCGCCCCAAGUCGGUCUGCUCCUCCAUCCUGGUGGACAAGGAGUGGCAGAGGAGCGACGAGCUCCUGGACCUGAUGGUGGCCCAGGGCAAGAUCUCCAGAGACGACAGGGACGACCUCCUCAAGAAGUUUGCCACAGACAGGAACUUCAAGAGUGGGGAUGCUCAACGAAUGAUACUCGCCAAUCUCGUCAAAACUGGAAGGAUAUCCAUCGAUGAUGCAGUCCACUACUCACGGUUGCUAGGCAUCGUGGCGUCCGCGGAGACGGAAGCGAGGACCAUCGCAGAGGUCAGCAACGCCUUCCAGGAGAAGAGAGUGUAUAAUUUUGGAGUGUACAAGUACUACAAACACCGCACAUGCCAGAGGAGAAUUCUACAGAUUGACUUCCAAGCAUGCCAGCUGUGUAACAUUCAGAAAGGAAACCUGAAUAGAAAGUUUACCUUUGCCACAGUAACAGACUAUGAAAGUGAGGAGGGGCUAAGAUUUUUCAUCUACUUCAAGGAUCAUCAUGAAUAUGAGUUGGAAGCUGACACGUUAGAGGAAAAAGAGAAGAUCUGCAGGUUGCUCCAUCUGAUCGUCGAGCAGAACAAGUCGACGGCGACGGGGCGGGUGCUGACCCAGGCAGACUUCAGGGGGACCCUCACCCAGUGUCAGACGGUCAUCAAGGAAGGGUUCCUGGAGAAGAAGAAUCACAAUCUGUACACAACAUGGACAAGGCGAUGGGUGAGGAUAAGACAAGGAGAGUUGUCCUACUACAAACCUGACGAUGACAACCAACAGGCACUCAACAUUCUUCAACUCUCUAGAGAGGUCAAUCUGGUCAAGAAGGUCAACAACAAUGGCUUCAGUAUCUCAACAAGGAAGAAGGUCUAUUUUUUCAGAGUCAUAUUGAGUGGGAAUGCCACUGCAACUGAAGUAGAGAGACUUCGAGAUGAAUGGUUCAAGGCUAUUCGCUAUGCGUGUGGUGAUAGGAGAGAGUCUGUGGCUAACCUGGGAGAUGAUAGCUUCAACACCAGUGCUGUUACCACCAAUGGAAGCAUCAAGUCACAGAGAGAAAGCAUCAAUACCAUGCUCAAAGGCUACUACGAGGAGUUGGAGGCACUCAAUUCAGUGAUGGGAGGCAUGGAUGGUAAGGGCAGUGAAGCCAAGAAGACGGCCACGAGGUUACAACAGAUCAUCAAACAUCUUGAGAGCUUCAUAACGGAUUAUAGGCCAUCCAACGAUGAUUCAAGGCCGGAUAGUUCCAGCGGGAAUUCAGCAACACUCGAGACCGACACCUCAUCGAGCGGAGAUAGGCCGGUCAACUCCUUGAUUGAAAAUGGUAUCAGCGAUCAGAGCAGUAUGGACGAAUCGGCUUCCACCAAAAACACCACCACGGACUCCGUAAGACUCUCCAUCAUCUACCGGAACAGCUGGGCGCAGUUCGAGAACAACGGUCUGCGGACGUCGUCCAUCGUCAGCUGCAAGGACGGUGACCCGAGCGCGGACGACACGAAGCAGAGCAACGGCCCGGAGAAGAUCACGCUGUCGUCCAUCAAGAAUGGCCUCUCGGACAUCUUCCCGCGGAGCAGCGUGAUGCUGAACGGGGGCGACAUCAACGGCGGGCUGGAGACGGUGCCUGAAAGUAAGCUGGAGAAUGGGGUUGAGGCCACCGUAGCCAAUAGCAAUGCGGCAUUCCUGGAGCAGUUGGACGCCGAUGCCAACGGGAACAAGCCAACUGCUCCAACGCCCAACCAAAAUGCACCUAACAAUGGACACAUACCUCUAAUUUUAGAAGACUCUCUGCCUCCCCUUCCACCUCCCCCUCCCCCACAGUUAGAGCGGAGCUUUGCCAUUCGGGAAAAGAUGCCAGCUCGUGCACCACCCCCACCCCCUCCCAACACCACCUUCAAUACCACAACAACACUGUCACCCCAUCUGCCUCCACACUUCAUCCCGACAGGCUCCUGCAAUGACAGACUGGAGUUUGAGAAGCUCUUCAGCUCCGCCUCCGUGUCUCCGGUCCUGCGGAGACGGAUGUGGCAGGCCGCCGCCACCACCGGCAACUUCACCUUCAAGUCACCGCCUCCCCUACCCGUCCGCGGAUCCAGCGAGAACAAGCCAAAGGACAUGGUGCCCAAUCAGGAUAUCGCCAAAGGACACUUAUCGACAACCGAAGACAACCAAGUGCCACCUCCCCUCCCUCCCAGGCAGUCGGUGUUCGACCCUGCAGAAGUGGAGCUGCGGAACAAAUUCAACGCAGCAAAGUCUAGCAGUACAGCCAAGAAAUAUGCCGCGAGCACGAACUCACAGUUGCCAAAGAAAACCAAAAGUCCCUCGCAGUCUUUCUGGAGGAACUUCAAGUCGUCCAAGUCAACCGCUGCCAUCAGCAAGGUCUUCCCGUCAUCGGCGUCAUCCUCCAGCAAGUGUAAGGAUCCGCCUCCGCUUCCACCAAGGCAGGCAUCGGUCACACCCUGUCCUAGGGCACCUCAUAGUGAAGGAGAUCUCAUUGAAGAGAAUGAAGACAAGGAAGAGGAGGUAUCAGUAACUAGCAGGACAAUUGCAGCUCCCCCAUUUAUACCAGCUCCACCCGCCCCUCCCCCACCCCCUGUAGCCAUGGCACUGCCCUCAAGAACGUUCAAGGUCAAAUCCAAGGUCAAGAUGAGACCGUUCCAUUGGAAUAAGAUCUCCAAUCUCAUGGUAAGCAGCUCGAUAUGGAAGACGGCUAGGGAUCUAACAGACUUGAUCGAUACAGAUGUUCUAGAAGCUAUGUACUCAGAUAAGAAAAAAGAAACAACCGAACCUGCCGAAACAAGCAAGAGGAAGCUGAAGAGCUUCUUAGAUCCGAAAGUUGCUCAGAACCUCGGCAUCUUCCUGGCAGGAUUCAAGAUGGACGCCGAGGAACUCAAGUACAGGCUGACCAUCCUCAGCGAACAAGAUGGCGGCUUAGAUCCGGAGCAUAUCAAUGUGAUCAGAAGAUAUCACCCUACUACUGAGGAUGUAGAGGCAUAUGGCCAGUACCGUGACAAACCUCAAGAGCUGGAGCAGACGGAUCAGUUCAUGUUGCAGCUCUGUGAGAUUCCUCAUCUCAAGACCAGGCUAGAUAUUCUCCUCAUCGUCAACGAGUUCCCCCUCCAAUACGAGCACCUUGCACCGACGAUUGAGCAUGUUCUGGACAGCCUGGAUGUGCUAUGUAACAGCGUUAGGUUUGUUUCAGUACUGGAAUACGUCCUGGCUGUCGGUAACUUCAUCAACAGUGGCUGCAGUAAAGGAAUCGCUAUGGGAUUCAAACUGGGAACACUACCCAAGUUGGCGGAGUGCAGGGCGAGGGACAAGAACUUCACCCUCCUGAAGUACCUGGUCCAACAGAUCCACAAACACGAACCAGACCUCCUGGGUUUCAUAGAGGAGCUACAGCCAAUCAUGCAUGCAAACGAUGCUUCAAUAAAGGCUCUACAAGCUGAGGUUGAAGUGAUGAAGAAGGAUCUAAGUAAGGUGAAGAAGAAUGCAUCUGUUUUGAUGAAGGUUGAAAACCCACCCGAGAGAGAUAUUGCAUUCGUCGAUGAUAUAGAGAUGUUUGUGGAAUCCUACGAAGGCAAGCUCAGUGAUCUCCAGGACAAAUCAGACGAUAUGAAAAAUCUCUUUGAACAGAUGCUGUUGAGGUUUGGUGAGAAUGUCAACGUAGAAUCCCAGGAAAUCUUUUCAUCCAUCGCUGAGUUUGUGAAAGCCUUCAAGAGAGAAGUGGAUCUCAUCAUGGUGACUGCCGGCAAGCUCAACAGGAGAAAAUCAAAGAAAUAUUCUGGAAAUCCUCGAAAGAGCAUGCCGCGUGACUCGGCCAUCGACAGUUUAAUGAGUUUGGAGAGGAGCAAUUCUGCCGAGAGCUGCCCAGACCAGUGUGACGAUGGUCUUGCCAGCGUUGCCAAUUUGCGUAAGGCGUUCAGUGCCGAUGCCCGGUCUGCAGGUGGACAGAACAAGCGACAGGGCUUCAUCCAGGAGAAGACGAAAGCUGUGUCGAGCCCCAGGACACGCAAACCACUACCAAAGAACCCCACCAAGGAGGGAUACAUGGAGAAACUAAGCACCGCCAAAUCACCCCUCUCCUCGCAAUGGAACAGGCGAUACUUUGAGCUCACGACCCAGGGUCACCUCUACUACUCCAAGAGGAAAAACGAGAAGAACGUCGAGUCCAUCUACCUUCGGGGGUGCCCCGUCGCCCUGGAGGACGAUCGCACCAUCGUCAUCCAGACCGAAGAACGGUGCUACAAGCUCAAAGCGGCGUCCCACGAGGAAGCCCAAGAAUGGCUAGAAUGCUUGCUGGUCUACACGCUCAAACAAGCCAACGUUCCGCGCAGAGCGCACUCGCAAUUCCCCACCGGCGAAUUUGGACUGUAGCGUUUUUUCGCGAUGUGUACAUAUUUUCCAGAGAUUUUAUAUAUAUAUGAUGAUGAAUAUUUUGAAGAUAUAAAUUUAUAUAUUAUAUAGGUUUGUAUAUCAACUAUAAAUAUGCUUAUAUGUGCUGUUUGAAAUACAUCAUUGAGGGGUCUGAUGUAAUAGUAGACAAUUAUGGGUAUACCUGUAUGAUAUGAACAAGUGCAAUGAUACAUUUAAAAAGAAGCAUAUUUCUUGUGUUAACAUUUCAGUAAUUUGUGUUCAUUCAUUGAUGAAAUUCAGAGUUUUUAUUCAUUUUGUGGUAUUCAUUUUGUUGUUGCCCUAUUUAUUGCAAUAUUUUGUCUCCUGUCUGUGUCACCUUCAUAAAAAGAAACGUUUGAUCAACGUUUAUUUAAACUCUAAAUGAUGUGGACGUCUCAAUUGAGCAACUCCAUGUUGUAAAAAUAGUAUCUGGUUUAUUGAUUUCAAAGAUUUAAUCUUACCAAAACUGAAACAGAAAUGAGAUGUCUCAGGAAAUGCACAGAAUUAUAGAUACCUUCCUGUCAAAUUCCACUUUUCGACCUGUGUACGUAGGAGCUAGUCAGAUGAAUGCAAUAUUUUUUCAUGUGCAAUAUACUUGGUUAAAAAUACAGCAACGUUUUACACAGAUUUAUGUUUAUGUACCAAUUUCAGUUUUUCCCCCAGAAAUAUUCCAACCAAUAGCAAAGUUACAGACUGAAUACCUGCUGUAGUUUAUUAAAUCCUGACAAAUAAAAAACAAAAUCAACAUGAUUAUUCAUGUUUGAAUCUAAAAAUAGUUGCAAAUUUAUUCAAAUUUUAACCUCUGUCCCAAAUUUGCAUAUGUUAGAGUUGAUGGUAAUUCUUAUCAAUUUUCUACAGUUGUUUGUUUGUCAAAAGAAAAUCUUACAAGCUUGAGAGCUCAAUAUUUUUUUUGUUUGACAUAUAUUCUCUAUUAUAUGACCAGAUGGCUGCCAUUUUAUGUAAAUGUUCACUUUUUAAUAUAAUUUGCCAGGCUCAGACCACCAUAUUUGCCCUUGAAUAUUCAGAACUGCCUUUUACCUAAGAAAUUAACAAUGUGCUGCAGUGUUUCCUCAUUCACAGAAUAAUGUAGUUUAAAAAGUUGUGAUUCCAUAAAUUUUGUUUAGAUAUUACACCUUUUCACUUUUCAUUCAUAUAGGUUUAUACCACCAUAUACUACACAGAGUCCAUUCAUGUCCCCUUUUCUUAAAAUUAAGAUUUUCUGAGAUCCCAAAGGGAAUUAAAUCUACAUGUAUGUGACACCAAAAGUGUUAUUAAUCCAAUUUGUUUUAAUAAACUUUUAUCAUAUAAUGCUAAUGUUAGCAGAUAAAGUACAGCCUAGUUAAUGCAGAUACAUUGGGGAUAGGCUAUAGGUGAAUAGCUGGCAAAGUUCUAAUGAGAAUAAAAGAUAGCGGUAGAAAUUCAUUUAGCAGAGAAGAGAGGAACUCAAUAAACAUUUUAUUAUUGCAAGGUCUUCCUUCGCUUGGUGUUGUUAAAAGGUUUAGCAGUAUAGUGUCACAUAUCCACUGAGCUAAAUAAACUAGACAUGUUUGUAUUCAUGCGACAUGUUGAAGUAGAGCGUCUAAUUAGGCAUGACGUAUAAACAUCACUAGCAUUCAUAGCGGUAGUCUCGUUAGACAGACUGCAGGCGACGGGUAUAUUGUAGACUAGUGAUUGCUGUGAAAUGGCUAUUAAUUAGGAGAGUGACUGUACCAGUGAGACUAUUGUGAUGUUCAUGGACUAGAGAGACGUUAUUGGUAUCUUGGUUUUCAAACUGAUGCUAAACGUCUUCUCUGAGCCAGAACCUGACGGAAAGUUUUCUUAUCUAGGAAUUUGCACUCGAUCUCAUAUAUAUUGCUAUAACUAUUAGUGGCUAGAUAUUCAUCUCUGAACUUGGAUUAUACAACAGGAUAACUCAUUCGCUUUCUAAUAGCAAACUUGCAGUUGCCAUUUUCAUUUGCCAUUUUAGCAAAGAUCUUCUUUUCAGGUGAAGGGGUAAGUUGAAACAUUUUGGGGUUGCUUUUUGUGUGUCAUUUCAAAUCAAAGCAUCUCAAGGUUUGGAUAUCAUUAUAAUAUACAAAUGUUGGAUGCGUUUAGGAGAAUAGAUUAAACCUUUGCCCCUCAGUGAUCUGAAAACUUACGCCCCUUGAUGAAGUUGAGAGAAGGCUAGAACAACAAGGGGUCAAUGUUUCUUGUCAAUACCGCAUCUCUCUACUCACUCUAAAAUCAAAUUUGCUACACCUUCUGUGAUAAAAUGCUGAUGUCUUCCAACAAUUUUUAAAUAUUCCUAUGUUUGAUGUUUGAAAGACAUCAUCUAAAUCCACUAAAUCCUCUAAAUUUGUGCCAUGUUCAAAUAUAAACAUCAAGGAGGCCUUACAAGAUUAAUGUUCAUUUCUUUCUUGUAAUCCACUUCUUUGAUGGAUGCUUUGUUGUUGGGAUCUGUUCAUGGUUUAAAAAAGAAGAGAUGGGUGGUAUGAUAAUGGUUGUUAGGUGGUAUUAACCUCGAUUCUUGGGGGAAAUAGGUCUUUUGGCUAUUUUGUAGGAAGAUGCUGAGUAUGGAGUAAAGAUACAUGUAGAUGUGGUAAAGUAAUAGCUACAAUCUGAACUGUUUGGAGAUGAGCAUGUGUACCAUGGUCAAUCUUGUGGAAUUCAUGACAUUUUAUUUCAAUAAAAUAAAACAUUUUGGUAUCUUGCUUUCCCUUA